UCUCGCGAUGCCGUAGCCGGCUGCUCCCGCUGCGGGUGGCUCUGGCUGUUGCUGUGGUUGCCUGAGUUGCUGCUGCGGCGGCGGCGGCGGCACUGGUGGAGGUGUCGGCCCUUGGGCGGAUGUUGACAUUGUGUUGUUGUUAUUGCUGAUGGUAAUGGCGGCGGCGGCGGUGGCGACGGCCGGGACCCCAUCUCUGUAGCCGGAGCCGAGGCAGCCAAGAGCGAACUCCGCGGCCUCUGAGCCCGAGGCAGCGACUCCCCUCAGCCUCCGCCGCCUCGCCUGCCCGUUUCCCGGCCGCGGCGCCGGCCCCUGGAGUCAGGCCCCUUUGGGCAGGGGGCCUCGGAGGCUCAGGAUGGCGGAUUUCGACGAGAUCUAUGAGGAGGAGGAGGACGAGGAGCGGGCCCUGGAGGAGCAGCUGCUCAAAUACUCGCCGGACCCAGUGGUGGUCCGCGGCUCCGGUCACGUCACCGUAUUUGGACUGAGCAACAAAUUUGAAUCAGAAUUCCCUUCUUCGUUAACUGGAAAAGUAGCUCCUGAAGAAUUUAAAGCCAGCAUCAACAGAGUUAACAGUUGUCUUAAGAAGAACCUUCCUGUUAAUGUACGUUGGCUACUUUGUGGCUGCCUUUGUUGCUGCUGCACAUUAGGUUGCAGUAUGUGGCCAGUUAUUUGCCUCAGUAAAAGAACACGAAGAUCGAUUGAGAAGUUAUUAGAAUGGGAAAACAAUAGGUUAUACCACAAGCUGUGCUUGCACUGGAGACUGAGCAAAAGGAAAUGUGAAACGAAUAACAUGAUGGAAUAUGUCAUCCUCAUAGAAUUUUUACCAAAGACACCGAUUUUUCGACCAGAUUAGCAUUCACUUUAUUUAUAGAGACUUUCCAAGUAUGUUGUCUUUCCAAUGGUGCCUUGCUUGGUGCUCUCCUGGUGGUGACAUAACAUUGGUUCUACAGAAUCGUGUGGUGUUUUGUUUUUUUGUUUUUUUUUUUCUGUUUUUGUUUUUUUAAAUAACCGCAUGU